AUUCACGUGUGGGAGUAAAGAGGUGCUUUGCUUUCGUAGCAUUACAGUACCGUACUGAAUUGCCUAGCCGCUCUGUUCGCCUUCCGGCUCCGACCGCCAAGCCUGACUUUGCAUUGCGCCCGCAUCUCCAGCGUGCAUUGCCGAAGCUCUACACCAGCUGCUCGCCGUGGCCUCCUCCUCCCGCAUGGCGUUUUUAUCCGAUUUUCCGAGCCGCCUCGGCGAAUUGACAGAGCUCGCUGAGUUUUCAGCGGCUGGGAAAGAGCUGCAAUUCAUGGCCGAAGAGGGUGCUCCAAUGGAGGGGGCUCCCGUAGCGGGUGCUCCAUGGGGAUGCGUGGGAUGCGUGAGAGACGAAUACGAGGAAGACAACGAGGACGGGGAGGUUGUGAUGAUCGACUGUCCGUUGCUCCAUGGCUGCAUCAUCCACUGCGACGCGCACGUCCCAGCGCACGUCUCCGCGCACGCCGUCUCCGCCGCGCAAUCCUCCGCGCAAUUUUCCGCGCCUCCCUGCGCGCCCACUCUCGCAGAUUGCGCCCUCCUGCCUCCCUCUCUACUCUCCUACACUUCCGACGCCGAUUCUUUCUCCGACAACCACAGCGCUUCUGCUCGUGGCGGGUUGUGUUCCCGUCCCUUGUCCCCAUCGCCGUCAUCGUCUCCGUCAUCGUCUCCGUCAUCGUCUCCGUCAUCGUCUCCGAUCAGCGACGGCAGUCUUCGUCCCAGCUUCCCUCGCGUGGCGACGGCGCCCUCUGUCGCGAAUCCCGCGUAUCAUGCGGCCGUGUGGGGCGAGUCAGACUGUGGCGAUAGCGGGUUCGCUGGAAGAGGGGCCUCUCUUUCCACCACGGACGAGUCGGCAGCAGCGCCAGCGGUAGCGGCGGCAGCGCCAGCGCCAGCGGCGGCGGCGACAGCACCGGCGACUGCAGGGGCGGCGGCGGCAGAGGCGGAGCGCGCUGAGCCGUCAGGAACGUCCGUGUGUAGGGUGGGGAGCGCCGACAUCGGGGAGGGUAGCAGCGGGAGCCGUGCCGCGACGGCGGAUGCCGCCAGCUGCGGCGGCGGAACCGGCGGGAAGUCGUUUUCGUCUGCUGAGGACUGCGACACGACGUCGAGUGGUGGUGACGGCGGUGGCGGUGGCGGUGGCAGGAUGUUGCCCGAGUCGGAUCAGAAUGACGAGGGGCAGGAGGAGGCGGGGGCGGGGGCGGGGACGGAGGCGGAGACGGAGACGGAGACGGAGACGGAGUCCCUGGCGCUGCUGGCCAUGCCGCCUGCUGCUCCUAGUAGCCUGGCGGAGGAACCCGGUGCCUCCCCACCACAUGCAGACGAACAACAGGAGGAGCACGAGCAGGAGGAGCAGGAGCACGUUGAGCAGCAGGAGCACGAGCAGGAGAGUGGAGCGAAUUGGGUGCAAGACGAGCCGCAGGAGGAGGAGGAGGAUGAGGAGGAGCUUCCGCAUGUUGCGGGGAGCAGUCUCACGGGACGGAAGAGAGGCGCGGGCGAGAUGGCGAUGGCGGAGGCAGCGACGGGCGCGCCUGACGCGGAAUGGCAGGGAGGAAGAAAAAGAAGCUGCGGGAUCUUGGCCGCUCGGUCGUCGUGAGUGAGCGCCAGAGACGCUGCUGCGGGGUAGCAGGAGGGAGGAGGGAGGUGGUGGUGAGGUGGUGCGGUGGUGCCCCAUGGGCAGCUGGACGCUGCGACAACAGGGGUUUGUGUUCGAGUCGACUCAAGGCACCUCUGCGCGCCACGGGUAGCAGGGUGCUGUGACAAUGCGGCGAUUUUUGAGUUGGGCUACUACUACCAUGCAAACAAGGCACCUUUGUGCCAUGGGCAGCAGGAGCGCACUGAUACGGAAAAGGUCGUGCUUGUGGCUGAUGAUGUCCGAGUCGACUCCAAGGUUGAUAACCGGCACUUGGUCUGGAGCUGAGCCUAGAGCUCCGUCUGGAGCUGAGUCUGGAGUCAAGUCUCUGGAGCCAAGUAUGCACCUGACGUUGCAGCUCAGUGCUUCACCGGCCAGCCUGACCCUGCGUGCUUGGCUUUCUGAACCUGAGUGCCUGCCGCUAUUCAAGGCAACAGUUGUCUCUCUUUUUUCCUCUUUAUUUUUUCCCAAGCGGAUCUGCGCUCUUGGUUGCAUCCCCCGCACCUCCUCGCUGCGUCCGCUCCUUCUUGGUUUAUCAGGAGUGUCCAACGUUGGUGCUUCUGCUUUCUGUCUGCGUCCUCCUGUCCUGACCCUCUGCGUCCCAUUGAACCGCCACCCAUCUCCCACCCACCUGUCUCUUUCUGUGCUCUCAUCUGUCACCCUCUCUGUCUGCUCCAGAGGGUGCAUUUUGGCUGCAAGGAAUGUGUACAUGAUAGCAGUUAGAAAUAACUGGUUGAGUAACCGGUAGACAUGUACCGGUACCUAUAUGCUGGCGUUGAUGGUGUGGUAUGGGUGUGGUUAUAAGUGCCGAUGAGGAGGCUUUUAGGGGCAGCCUCUCAUGGGUACGAAACAGUGUGUACAUGCCAGUAUAUGUCGGCUAAGUCCCUUAUUGUACCAUUUGCAUUGCUGCUAAUAAAAAGGGAGGUGGAAU